AUGGAUAUUAUAUUGGGAAUGAAACUUAUAUGGGUGGUGGACCAUUGGCGCUCGCAAACGAGCCUGAAAAUUUUCAAAACUUCCGUUUAUAUUGUAUAUAUAUUUGACAUUUGCCUUUAUGAUAUUUCAGCUAAAGCUUUAAUCAAACACUUUGUUAAAGUACCAAAUAUACCAGCAACAAUUCGUCUAUCUUUAUCAAAUAUUCAAGAAUUGAAGAAUGCUGAGCUAUUCAAAAGAAUUAGGAAAUUGAUGAUAUUAGAGAUUGGACUAUAUUCUGAUAAUAGUGAUUUAAUUGGUAUUUCAAAUUCACUUUCCAAAAUUUGCUUUCCAAUAUUAAAGACUUUGAUAAUAAGUUGUGAUGAUUACGGAUUAAAUAAGAAAUUGGAUUUUAGUGGAAUUCACCUCCCAUCUGUUGAAAGUAUUUUAAUUAAACGUUACCAUCAUACAGAUAAUACUCGUCCUAAAUUGGUACUUGAUUCAAAUUCAAUUCCAAAGCUUCAGAGAUUGACUUUAUGGACUGAAAAAGAUGUCAGUAAUGAGCUUGUCAAUUGUGUUUUUAAAAAUAUGAACCCAAAUGUUAUAGAUUACGUUCAUCUAAAUUACUUAGAUUUUAAAACAUUUCCUUCAAUGUUUAAUUAUGAUCAGUUGAAAACAUUAGAGAUCGGUGAACUUUCGGUUUCGUCAAAGUUUUCUAACGAUUCAAAUCAGCUAAUAACUUUAAAAUCAUUAAAAGGAAUCACUAUUGAAAAUCUUGCAAGUUUUGAUCAUUUACAUUUUUUAGAAAUACCAUCUAUAAGAUACAUGAAUUUAACAAUUAAAGAUAAACAAGCUAAUGAUAUUGGUGAAUUUUAUUUCCAUCAUCAACAAUUUCCUCAAAUUAAAACUUUAAAGCUUCAACUCUUGAGAUUGAGAUUCUUGAGUGCAAGAAUGUCAGAAACUGGAUCACCUUUCCAAGUUGAUUUACCAACGUUGAAAACUGUUUAUACAAAUAAGAGAUUUCACGAUCAAUUUUUAAACUUGGAGGGUGUUGUAUUACGAACAAUAUAA